AUGGCUGAGACUUCUGUGGACAAUAAUAAACUCUCAUCUCUGUUUCCUGUCCCUACCAAACUAAACUGCCAAUCAAAUGGCUAUCGACGGUAUGAGUCGUAUCCCAAUGGACGCGGUUCAAUUCCAUCAAUUCAAGCAGCAACGCUUCGAGGACUGAUGUUACAAGCUCAUGCCGAUGAUUCCAAAAUAUUAGCACUUCCAUGUAGCUACGAUGCCUUGAGCUCCAAGCUUGUCGAAAAUGCAGGCUUUCCAGCCGUGUUUCUUUCUGGGUUUCCGGUGUCGUCGUCUCUUGGCCUGCCUGAUACGGGAUACAUAGCAUUCCAGGAGAUGGCUUCACGCAUCCAGGAGACAGUCAGGCAGGUUAAAGUGCCAAUCAUUGCAGACGCCGACACUGGUUACGGAAGUCCGAUGAACGUGAGGCGGACGGUUCAAGGAUUUGCCCUUGCGGGUGCUGCAGGAAUUAUGAUCGAAGAUCAGAAAUGGCCUAAGCGAUGUGGACACACGAAGGGCAAGGCUGUAGUCGCACGUGACGAAGCCUUUGCUCGAAUUCAAGCGGCCGUGGAUGCACGCGAUGAAGGCCUCGAUAUUUGGAUCCUGGCACGCACGGACAGUCUCAUUCAUGGCUAUGACGAGGCUCUAGCUCGUAUUAAGAAAUUCAUCGAGAUUGGUGUGGAUUGUGUGUUUGUUGAGGCGAUGCCCGAUCAGGAAACCAUGCAACGUCUUCGCCGUGACAUCAACUUUCCUUGCCUCGCCAACAUCAUCGAAGGUGGCAAGACCGAGAACAUCUCAGCAAAAGACCUGGCUUCCUUGGGGUACUCUGCGGUGUGCUACCCUCUCACUUUGGUGGCAGCAAAGUUGAAAAGCAUCUGCGAAGCACUCGAGAAUCUAAAGUCGUCUCUGACAGUUGGGAAACCACCAGAGAUUCUCAGUUUCCAAGACGUUUGCCGUGGUGUCGGAUUUGACGAAUACUACAAAUUGGAGGAACGCUAUCCAUAUGGUGGUGCAACGAAUGGAAGUGUCAUAAAUGGAAGCCACAGUUAG